ACCACCAUCUUGAAGAGUUGAUUAAUCUCAAUAACGCCCCUCACUAGUUCAUACCCGCAAAUUCAAGCGGGACGAAAUCAAAGAGAAACAUCGUUUAACUCUCUGACUACCCUGGACGCGAAGUCAUGGCUAGCGGGUUACAGUUGUAUUAUUGCAGAGGCAGAGUUCAAAACGAAAGGUUAAUAGCAUAGAUAUUUAAUAAUAAGAUUUGAAAGUGGUUAUGGUUGAUCACGCUGAAACAAUUUGUCUAUUAUACGUCAUACAGAUUUGGGCUUAGCCAUUUUUUUGUGAGACCAGUUUCACAUACAACUUAGAAAGAUGGACUCAAUGCUACAGUUGCCCUUGAGAGAGCAGGGUAAGAAAGAAGAAGAAGAGGAGAACAUCAAACCUAAUGGAAAUAUCCCAGCUAGUGCUUUAGUUUACCUGAAUCCCCAAUACUGGGACGAACGUUUUGUGGAGGAGGAUCAUUAUGAAUGGUUCAAGGAGUAUUCCCAUUUUCGUCAUCUUGUUAGCUUACAUGUAAAAUCUAGUGACAAGGUUUUGGAGCUUGGCUGUGGUAGUUCUCAAAUGUGUGAAGGAUUAUACUGGGAUGGCAUUACACAAAUUACUUGCAUAGAUAUUUCAUCAGUUGCAGUGGAAAAGAUGCAGAAACGUCUGACAGCAAAGGGCCUUCAUGGUGUACAAAUCCUAGUAACAGACAUGUUAAGCCUUCCCUUUGAAAGUGAAAGUUUUGAUGUUGUCAUUGAGAAAGGGACUAUGGAUGUACUACUUGUAGAUAGUGGCGAUCCAUGGAAUCCAAAGCCAGAGACAGUCAAUAAGGUGAAUGCAAUGCUUAGAGGUGUUCACAGGGUUCUCAGACCGGAGGGCAUCUUUAUUUCAAUAUCAUUUGGUCAGCCUCAUUUCAGGCGCCCUCUUUUUGAGACAUCUGAGUUUACCUGGUCCAUGCAAUGGAGUACCUUUGGUGAUGGGUUUCAUUACUUCUUCUAUACCUUGAAAAAGGGAUCAAGGAAUCCAAACUUCAGUCAUGACAAAAAAGAAGACAAAUUAGUUAUGAAUGGUAUUUCAUUGUAUCAGGAGCACUUAGAUUCGGAAAAUUAUCUAUUUAACUCAAAUCUAGUUGAUGAUGAGGAGCUCGAGUCUUAGAGCCUCAUUGCUCUAAAUCAUUACCUUUGAAAAGAUGCAACUCACUUCUUGUGAAUGAUUUGAUGCCAGAUGUCAAGCUUGAAUGAGUGAAGUAGUUGGAUAAGGGCUUUGGGUUCUUCUCGUAUAGGUCCAAAGGUGAAUACUCUUUGCCCAGGCUUAACCAAUGAUGGUGGCUUGCAAGCUAUUGCUGUGAUCUACGAGGGGUUAGUCGCGCCCUAGGAGACGUUGGGUUGUGGGGACACCCCGGGGUUAUCAAAAUAAAAUAAAAUCAUGAUUAGAUUUAGACUAACUUCUUAUUUUGUCAUUUCUUAUAAGUGCGACAAGAAAUGAAUGACACUCUUAGACUAUAGAGAGAGUAUCAAUGGAGAGACGAUUUUUAGAUGGUUGUAAAG